AGAAAGCGAAAGCCAACAAGCUGAUGUGCGGUGAGUGUGCGAUUGUUCAGUUCGUUUUUCCUGAUUAAGUGGUCGAAAAAGACGUAGAAUCGGUCAACGGUGUGCUACUUUUCGUUCUUUCUGUUCAAGGCAAGCUAGCCUCAACAACGAGAAACAGUUUGUCGAUUAAAACAGUUGUGGAAAUUGAAGAUUUAGUUCGAAGUGUUUUCGAUUUUCUAAAAGGUGAGAAAAUUCCUGGUCGUAAAGUGACAGCUGAAUGGUGCAGACUUGCCGCCACGGAGCACUGCUUGUCCUUUUCGUGCACCCGUAAAGUUGUAGCUUCAGAACAGUUUACGAUUGGUUGUGUGUAUGAGUCCACGAAUUUGACAGUUCUUGCAGCACAACAAUAAAACUUGUGAUCGCGAGGAGAAUCAUCAUCUGCACUCGCUUCGUUUUGGUUCGUUCCGCAGGAUAAUUUUCCGGUACGAGCGUCACGGCAAAUUUGGUCACAAUUUCGAAACGAAAGCGAGAUUCGUCCGGUUCCGGCGGUGGUGGUGGUAGAAGUGGUCGCGAUCUUUCCGGAAAACGAUUGAAAUCUGGUACGGGCGUUGGGAGCAGCAGCAGCAGCACUUUUGCUCUUGGAGCAUCCGAAGAAGAGGGUAGCGCCAUGAAUCUGACCGAAAAUGACCGGAAACGGGCCAAUUUCUCAGCCCUCAGCAACACCAAUGGAGCGGUCAUCAAAAUGACAACCAACACCGGAACAGGCAAACCCGGGGAUAUCAAGAAGAUUGUCAUCAAAAACUUCAAAUCCAAACCCACGCUGCCGGAGAACUACCAGGAGCACACCUGGCAGAAACUCCGCGAGGCAGUCGUCGCCAUCCAGACGUCCAAGCGAAUCGAGUACUCACUGGAGGAACUGUACCAAGCGGUGGAGAAUAUGUGCAGUCAUAAGAUGGACUCGCAGCUGUACGUCAACCUGACGGCCCUAGCCGAGCAACAUGUGAAGGCCAACAUCACUUCCUUUCUGGCGGAAUCGAUCGACAAGCUGGUCUAUCUGAAAAAGAUGAACGAAUGCUGGCAGUCCCAUUGUCAGCAGAUGAUCAUGAUCAGAAGUAUCUUUCUAUAUCUGGACAGGACGUACGUUCUGCAGAAUCCGACCGUCCAUUCCAUCUGGGACAUGGGGCUGGAGCUGUUUCGUGAUCAUAUAGCCAUGAACACAUUGGUACAGGCUCGGACGGUAGAGGGUAUACUUAUUUUGAUCGAAAAAGAGCGAAAUGGAGACACCGUGGAUAGAACACUAUUGAAAAGUUUACUUAGAAUGUUGUCCGAUUUACAAAUUUACAAGGAAGCGUUUGAGCAAAAGUUCCUCGUCGCCACGAAGCACCUGUACCAAUCGGAAGGGCAGGCCAAAAUGGAAGAACUGGAAGUUCCUGAUUAUCUGCUUCACGUCGACAAGCGAUUACAAGAGGAAAAUGAGCGCCUUCUGCAUUAUCUAGACAGUUGUACGAAACACCAUUUGAUUGUGACCGUAGAACGCCAACUAAUAACCGAACACAUAACCGGAAUCCUGCAGAAGGGUCUCGACCAACUGCUGGAAGGAAAUCGUCUUUCCGAUCUGACCCUUCUCUACUCACUGUUCAGUAGAGUCAAAAAUGGAACAACGGAACUGUGCGCUUCCUUCAACGCGUACAUUAAAAAGAAAGGUCGCACAAUAGUGAUCGAUCCGGAGAAAGACAAAUCAAUGGUUCAGGAUUUGCUAGAUUUCAAAGACAAGCUGGACAACAUUGUCAACUCGUGCUUCGAUCGGAACGAGAAGUUUUCCAAUUCCCUCCGCGAAGCGUUCGAGUUCUUCGUCAAUCAACGCUCGAACAAGCCAGCCGAACUGAUUGCCAAAUACGUUGAUAUGAAGUUGCGUGCCGGCAACAAGGAAGCAACCGAGGAGGAACUGGAACAGAUUUUAGACAAAAUUAUGGUUCAGUUUCGGUUUAUCCAUGGCAAGGACGUGUUCGAGGCAUUCUACAAGAAGGAUCUUGCCAAGCGGUUGUUGGUUGGCAAAUCCGCUUCGGUUGACGCAGAGAAAAGUAUGCUAUCGAAGCUGAAGCAAGAAUGCGGUGGCGGUUUUACCUCCAAGUUGGAAGGAAUGUUUAAGGAUAUGGAGCUGAGUAGAGAUAUUAAUAUCGCAUUUAGGCAGUACAUGGCAAACUCGGAAAGCAAAGAGUUGCAGAAUAUUGAUUUAACAGUUAACAUUCUGACGAUGGGAUUUUGGCCUACUUAUCCGGUGAUGGAGGUUACAUUGCCCCAGGAGUUGCUGCAGUACCAGUCGAUAUUCAACAAAUUCUAUCUGGCGAAGCACAGCGGUAGAAAGCUGCAGUGGCAGCCGACGCUGGGGCACUGCGUUCUAAAGGCGCGCUUCGAUGCGGGACCAAAAGACUUGCAGGUUUCAUUGUUCCAAGGACUGGUUCUGCUUCUGUUCAACUACAAUCCCAACAUUACCUUCGAGGAGAUUAAAGCGGCGGUCAACAUCGAAGAUGGUGAACUGCGCCGCACCCUGCAGUCCCUGGCCUGCGGUAAGGCCCGCGUACUCACCAAGAUCCCGAAAGGACGCGAGGUAGAGGACAAUGACAAGUUCCAGUUCAACAAUGAGUUUACGAACAAGCUGUUUAGAAUUAAAAUCAAUCAAAUUCAAAUGAAGGAAACGAACGAGGAACAGAAAGCAACUGAGGAACGCGUCUACCAGGACCGACAGUACCAGAUUGACGCAGCGAUUGUCCGCAUCAUGAAGAUGAGAAAAACACUCAGCCACAAUUUGCUCAUCAGCGAGCUGUACAUGCAUCUGACUUUUCCAGUGAAGCCGGCGGACCUCAAAAAACGGAUCGAGUCGCUGAUCGACCGGGAUUACAUGGAGCGGGAUAAGGACAACCAGAAUCAAUACAACUACGUCGCCUAAAGCGCCUACCCCAACAAUUAGAUAGAGAAGUGAGCCAGCGGCAGCAGCAAAAGAUGGCACAUGCAGACUUUGCUCAAUCUAUUGACCAAAUUGAACCCUCUCGAAGAAAACUUCGCGAUGAAAAAAGCCCGUUUUUUAAGCUAUUCAACAAGAAAGCCGGUAAGUGUUUGACCAUUUGAGCUUACCGGAAAAGCAAAAAAAAAAAAUAUUCGCGAUUUCUUUAAAAUCCGUGUCCGCUGAGGAUUGCCAGGUGAUCCAGUUUGUUUUAGAGAAGUAUGUGCAGGCGCAGUUAGGUCAAACUAUUACGAUACGCUAUUUCAUAAUAAAUUUACAAGUCGACGAUGAGUUGUACGAAGAAGUUUAUAGCAACGCGACGUUAGGAUAAAAACUCUAAAGCUCCAAUCGAUGCCCGUACUGAUAGGACGGUCCUCCCCCCGUUCGUGUCUUCAUCGCUGGUGAAGCCGAUCGUUUAUAAACUGAACACAAGGCAUUACUACCGCCUAACCGAACAGCUCGACAAUGGCCUGUCCAAUUGCAAUGCGACAACAGAGACACAAACAGAUACGUGAUUCAGGUAAGACGGAUUGUGUAUUGCAGCGAAUACAGAAAAAAAAACAACCAAUGAAAUAUCCUUUGUAAAUAAUUUGCAUACGAUUGCUGUUGUAGCGAUUAGAACACAAAAUGGUAAACAGAAACAUAAAAUUAGUUGGUAAUGCUAGUGACGCUAAUGGAAUUAAUUAAAAAUUGCAGUCUUUGAACACCUUGUAAGUGCAACAAAAAAAAAGGAGGAAAAUAAAAGUUCUAAUAAAGCUACAUGUCUA